AUGUCCGCGGCCAUGGACACCAGCUACUUGACCACGCAGGUCAAUACGAUCAUUGGCCAGCUUCACACCAUAUGGGACGAGAUUGGCAUACCUCGAAAUGAACGCGACUCUCGUGAGACUGAGCUGUUCGCGGCUCUGUCAGACACGCUCCAUAACCAGCUAAGACUGGUCAACUCUGAGAAGAGUGAGAUGACCGAGGAAGCCACCAACAUCAUCAAGACAAUCAAGCAGAUGGAAGCGUCGCUGGACGACGAGAAAGACCGCGGCUAUGAUCUUGGGACUACUGGACUACGAGUUUCCUUUCCACUCAACGAAUGUCUACGAGAUCUCAAGGAGAAAUACAACACGGUCGCAAGACUACACCGCGAAAGAUUCGAGCAGGUCAAAAAGCUUAUCCGAUUACCGCCAACCAACACCAACACCUGCCCACCCAACUUCGACCUCUCGCCCUCGUAUGUUGCGAAGCUCGACGAAGAGUUCACUCGCGUCUACGACGAGUACAACAAGCGCGUCGUCAUGGUUCAAAGCAUGGCAGAGGAGAUCGUAAGACUGUGGUCGGAACUCGGUAUCCCACAAGCGCAGACAGAUUCUUCCAUCGUUCAGCACUACCGCGAGUCACCAGAACAACUCGGUCUACACCAAGCAGACCUGGACAGGCUUAAGAGCAGGCGUGAUAAGCUCACAGACGAGAAGAGCAACCGGGAGAAGCGACUGUCCGACAUGAAGAAGGCCGUCGAAAGCUUAUGGGACCGAUUGGGCAUUGAAGAGGCUGACCGGAAAGCAUUCCUUGCUGCAAACAGAGGCUGCGGCUUAAGGACCAUCAAUGAAUUCGAAGAUGAGCUGGCGAGGCUCAAUGAGUUGAAGCGACAGAACCUGCACCUGUUCGUUGAGGACGCACGCGUCCGCCUACAAGAACUAUGGGAUGCCCUGUUCUUUUCGGAAGAAGAGAUGCUGGACUUCACACCUGCCUUCUCUGAUGUCUACAGCGAUGCCCUUCUGUCAGCGCACGAAGCAGAAAUUGAGAGACUGAUCACCUUGAAGGAUCAGCGAGCACCGAUACUCGAGGCUAUCGAAAAACAUCGGUCUCUUGUUGCGGACAAGGAGUCGCUCGAGGCUUCUGCAGCAGACGCAUCAAGACUGUUGAUGAAACCCCAGAAAGGUGAGAAACGCGACCCUGGCAAGCUACUGCGCGAAGAGAAGAUGCGAAAACGUAUCGCAAAAGAGCUUCCCAAAGUCGCAGCUGCUCUGGUGAAGACAUUGCAGAAGUACGAGGACGAUUAUGGGAGACCGUUCUUGGUCCACGGCCAGAGCUAUCUCGAUGAGCUGGAGGAAAUGGAAACUCGAGCGCCGCCACCUCGCUCAAAGACACCCAACGCUAUGCCAGCUCGACCCAAGACGCCAGCAGCCCAACAGACGAGAGCCGCCCAGCCCAAAUCUGCACCGAGCACCGUAGUCAAAGCUCAGCCUCCGAGACCUCAGAGCUCAAUGCGUGGCCAUCAACCAUCGAAGUCAGUGAGCAAGACACCGACAAUUGGACGAUCGGGGUCGAACAGGUCACAAGUGGCUGCAUCAGUGGCAUCAACUGCUGCACCUUCGACACAACAGAAAUCGCCAUCCAAGAUACCUUCGAGGGCACCCCUCGGCAAUCUGCAGUACGGCAAUAAUUCUCCAGAACGACGACACAACGCUCCCACUCAAGCUGCAAACUUUGGUGGCACACUACGUGCAAUGGGACCACCUCGAGUGCCUCCGCCAAAGAUGCGCGAUCUUCAAGCUGUACCUCAGGCUCCGCAGCAUGAACCACUUCAGCCGCAAUACCAUAGCAAUCAUCAACCAGUAGCUCGCCCUGUAAGCACAGUGUCCAAUGGAUCCAACGACAGUGGCCGCUACGUCCGACCGAUGUCUCCCGAAGAUGUCUACGAUGAUCGCGAGCGAAUGUCAUACAUGUCGGCAUCGUUGGUGAACAGAGAUCGACAGCUGCAGCAACAGCAACAGCAAUCACAGUAUCCAAAUGCCCCUCGUCCACCAUCGCGAUCACGCGAGCAAGACUUCCAUGCUUCUGUCUCUCAGCAUCCACAAAUGAUGCCGCCACCUCCACGCCCAGAUCCGACCUCGCGACAGACCUCGAAUACCUCUUCGAACAUGACAACGGGCACCACUGCAACCAGCACUUCCGAGAAUUGGGAGUCGUACUCUGAUGUCAGUGAGCUCGAGUCGGAACGUAAUGCGUACGGCAUGAGACCAAACCCUACAGCUACGAACAAGCAGCAUCCCGCAGCAUACACCCACGCUCACAUGGCGCCUCCUGUCGCAAAGCAGCGACUACACAACUACCACCAAACGCAAACGAUGGUAUAUCUUGCAGACGAGAAUCAUCGACCUCCUAUGGGCGAGAGACUGGCCAGCGUGGAGGGCAGCGAAGGUGCAUGGAGCACGGAGGCUGAGGAGACAUACUGA